UGGCAACUACUACAGUUCAUGAGGUUGGUCCGUGACUCCGUGGCACCUUGAGCUCGACCACGCCGACGACAGCGACGAGCUGUUAGUUAACUGCAUCUCAUAUUUCUUGCAGUCUAGCUCAACGACAGCGACAACGACAACGACAAUCGACUUGAUCCUGGAUUCGAACAAGGUUCAUCGGCUGCGAGAGAAGUUGAGGACGCCGAGAAGAUUCAUUUCAGGUCGUCAUGGCCGAGGAUCAGCUAGCAAUCGAGUCUGCACCAACUCCUUCCAUCAAGAGCUUGAAGAGCAGAUUCGAACAGCUUGCUCAGGAUAACACAACCCCGCCACUCAAAUCAAACCCAAUUACAUCGCCUCGCCAGCGUAAGGAUGAUUCUCGCGUACAACAACGUGAACUACGGAACGCCUCCUCCAACUCUGAUUUGAGUCCAGGCCAAAAGCGUGCACCACCACCGCCUCCUCCAUCUCGCUCAGCCAAAAAGCCGGCUCAAUCUCCUGCUGUUUCCCCGCUGUUGAGACCAGUGCCAAUACCAGCAGCUCUUAGAUCACCACGCGCCAGUCCAGAGCACUUGUCAGUGUCCAACGCGUACGAUGACGACGUUCCUCGUGGAGGUGGAGUGGCUUCAUUGAGAGAACGUUUCGCAACCGCAGCUACCUCUCCUACCCGGAUCCCAAUAAAACCAGUUCCGCGUCUCUCCAUUUUAAUGACUCACAGCGAACCCGACGUCCUUGACUCUACUCCUCCAGUUCUUCCUCGCAAUACAAAGCCUGUCUCUCGAAUAUCCCUUCCUGUCUUAACCCCCGAGGAUAAUCCCUCUGACGAAUAUUUUGACGCACCCGAGUCACCCCGUAUGACCGGCGUCGCUUCUCUUAGAAACCGUUUCUCUACAUUAAUACUCCCUACACCCCAUUCCACACCUAAAGCCCUUCCACGUAAUGACAAUCUCACAUCCCAUUCAGAACCCAACAUUCUAGCACCAAGUCCACCACUCAUUCUUCGUCGUCCACCACCACCGCCACCCCCUCCCCAUCGCUCUGCUCUCUUUGACAGCAGCGAUGAUUUCCUCGAGCCUCCCAGCUCCAACUCCUCCUCAAGACACAGUCCCUUCUCCGAUGACGAAUCCGAGACUUCUGAAACAUCACUACCACCUGCAAUUAUCCCCCAUACCCUUCGUGCAACCCAUUCCCGCGCCCAUUCGGACAGCAUCAGCAGCUCAAGCGAUAGCAUAAGAAGCAUCUCGCCCCCACACAAACCCCCUCCACGCCCAAGCCUGACAGUUCCCCCUCCUCCCCCUCCACGGCGGACCUGCAACAGCAACGAAAACGGCCGCGACUCCUCAGCCAGCUCAACUCCCACACCCAGCAGCCCCCCUCCCCUUCCUUCGCGCCGCCCAUCCCCUGAAGACAUCCCAGACAACAUCCUACCCCCUCCCUCCCUCCCCGCACGCCACAGCACAAACAUAAGCGCGCCCUCACCCACCGACUUCAUCUCCGACCGCAAACCCCUCGGAAGCGCCAAACUCCCACCCCCACCAACACGCACAAUCGCACCGGGCGACAAACUCCCCCCUGCACGACGGGCACACACGCCCUCAUCAGACGAAGAAAGCGGUGCAGAAGAAGGAUGCGACGACCCACGCACGCUCCUCCCAGACGCAAGUCGUGCCUCCCGGCGUCCGCCCACCCUACGCACCCCAAAGAUCCACGUUCCCGCAUACGCAGCUCAAGUCGUGGUAGCCGGUACCCGCGUGCUCGUCGCUACUCAUCACCACUUGCGAUGCUUCGACCUCGCGCGGUACGCCGAUGUGCCGAUAUGGGUGGGAGACACCAAGGAAAUGGGAGUGCGCGAUGCGAAGGUGACUGCGCUCGAGUUUCGGGCUGGGAGUGCGGGCGGUGUGGUGUGGGCUGGGACGAAGGAAGGGCAUCUGAUCGAGCUGGAUAUGGAUUCUGGGGAGGUCACUGGAUCCAAGUUCGGUGCGCACGCUGGUGCCGUGACGCAUAUCUUCCGACACCGGAACGCGAUGGUCAGCGUGGAUGAUAGCGGGAAAGUGCUUGUAUUCGAACCGGUGGCUACAUCUGGCUCCGAUGUUCCUAAUCUCACAUACACCGCGCCUCGCGUAUACCGCAUCGCAGAAAAACAAGAAUUCGUAAAGUUGCUCGGGGGACUUCUGUGGACGAGCGUACGCAGCGACACUAACGGCUCUGGACCGACUACAGUGCCUAUCGUUCGCAUCUACGACGUUUUCACCCCAGGCAGCAUCGCACGCGCUGUAAGCGUCCUCCCAAGCACCCCCCACCACGUCGGCGCCGUAACAAGCGGCACGCUGCUUCAAUCCCACGCCGGGUUCGCCUAUCUCGGACACGAGGGUGGCUUCAUCAGCAUCUGGAACCUAGCCGGCGGACCCGAAUGCACAGACGUCGUCAAAGUGAGCUCGUCGGACGUGCUGAGUCUCGAGGGCGUCGGGACGCGUUUGUGGGCUGGUGGACGGAUGGGGGUGAUAUGCGCGUAUGAUGUGACGUACCGUCCGUGGGUCGUGACGAAUGCGUGGAAUGCGCAUUCGGGGUUACCUGUGAUGCGUAUAUUUGUGGAUCCAUGGUCGAUUGAGAGGGAGGAGAAAUUGAGUGUGGUGAGUGUUGGUAGGGAUGAGCAGAUGAGGUUUUGGGAUGGGUUGUUGGGGGUUGAUUGGAUUGGGAACGAGCUCUUGAAGCGCGAGCGCGAAUUUAGCACCUUCCGCACUAUCAACGUCCUGGUCGUUUCCUGGAACGUAGACGCUGCCAAACCCGAAGCGCUCACCGACGACCCAGCAAACCUCUCCUUCCUCAACGACGCUCUCACAUCCGUCUCACCAGCACCUGAUAUCAUCUCCUUUGGAUUCCAAGAGCUUAUCGACCUCGAGAGCCGCAAGAUGGCUGCAAAGACUGUAUUACUUGGCGGAAAGAAAAAGGGCGAGGAGGGCAAGAUAUCGGAGAAGGUGACGUCUAGUUAUAAGCGAUGGCAUGAUCGGCUCGUGCGGGAGGUGAGGGCGCUUUCGGAGGGGUAUACGGUGAUACAUACCGAGAGUCUCGUUGGGCUUUUUACGUGCAUGUUUGUGAAGAACUCGGAGAAGGCUGCGCUGAAGGAUGUGGCGAUAACGACGAUUAAGCGGGGGAUGGGUGGUAGGUACGGAAACAAGGGAGGCAUCGUUGCGCGAUUUGUGAUUUGUGAUUCGUCGAUUUGUUUCAUCAAUUGCCAUCUUGCGGCUGGGCAGCAUCAUGUACGACAGCGGAAUGCGGAUGUGACUGCGAUGUUGGAGGAAAAGUCUGUGUUUCCGUCGUCGGAUACUAUUGGGGAGUCUCUUGCGUAUGUUGGUGGGGGAGAUGGGUCUAUGGUUCUGGAUCAUGAGAUUGUUUUUCUCAACGGCGACCUAAACUACCGCAUCGACCAACGCCGCGACGCCGUCAUCUCCUCCAUCCAGUCUGGCGACCUCGAAGCACUCCACACGCACGACCAGCUCCUGAAAGAAAUGAAACACAACCGCGGCUUCCGCCUCCGCUCCUUCCACGAAGGACCGCUCACCUUCUCCCCGACGUACAAAUACGACCGGCGCUCGCACGAAUUCGACACGAGCGAGAAGAAGCGGGUGCCUGCGUGGUGCGACCGCGUGCUGUGGCGCUCGCGGGACCCGGAGCGGGUGAAGCAGCUGCAUUAUCAACGGUAUGAGGCGAAUGUGAGCGAUCAUCGGCCUGUGAGCGCUGCGUUUGGGAUGACGGUGAAGAGUGUGCGGUUGGAUGCGUGGGCGCGGGAGAAGGCGGUUGUGGAGGAGGAUUGGUUGGCGACGUUGGUGGAGUUGUUGGGUGACGCGAGGGAGUUUUAUGUCGAGCAGGCAUUGAUAUAGGAUGGAUGGGGGUUGGUUUUGGUUUUGGUUUUAUGGCAGGACCGAAUCGUAUGACCUUUUAUGUGCAUGAACUUUUGGACUAUUUUACAUACAUGUUAUCAUUUUUCGAGAUGUAAUUUGUAGUGGUAUCGAUAGGAGAGUCGUUUACUUAAUGGUAGAUGGAGGCUCGUAUCUGGAUAUAUAUCCUGGUUCCUUCAUAG